UUUGUUUAAAUCAUUAUAUCUUUACAUCUUUAAUCGAAUGUUCGUAUACGUAAUUAAUAUUCUUGGCUGCAUAUUUCCGGCUUUGUAGAUUGUGGAACGAUCUCAACUCUUCCGAACGCAAAUGUUACCCAUGGCCGUACAGAAUACGAAUUUAUUGCCAAGGUCACUUGUGCCGUCGGGUACAAGCUAGCCAAUAGCAGCAAUAAUAACGAUACUUUCGAAUACAUGCAGUGUCAGAGUGACGGCACAUGGAAUAAAUCAGCAGGAUGCACGCUUAAAGAUUGUGGAACGAUCUCAACUCUUCCGAACGCAAAUGUUACCCAUGGCCGUACAGAAUACGAAUUUAUUGCCAAGGUCACUUGUGCCGUCGGGUACAAGCUAGCCAAUAGCAGCAAUAAUAACGAUACUUUCGAAUACAUGCAGUGUCAGAGUGACGGCACAUGGAAUAAAUCAGCAGGAUGCACGCUUAAAGAUUGUGGAACGAUCUCAACUCUUCCGAACGCAAAUGUUACCCAUGGCCGUACAGAAUACGAAUCUAUUGCCAAGGUCACUUGUGCCGUCGGGUACAAGCUAGCCAAUAGCAGCAAUAAUAACGAUACUUUCGAAUACAUGCAGUGUCAGAGUGACGGCACAUGGAAUAAAUCAGCAGGAUGCACGCUUAAAGAUUGCGGUUUACCACCAACGCUAACAGAUGGAAGCCUAACAUUAGUGGAAGCAUCAAAGACAACAUACGGAGCCCUUGCAGAAGUGAACUGUACUCCAGGCUAUGAAUAUAACAAACUUAUAAUAUCAUGUACAGACACCGGUGAAUGGGAAGCUGCGUACUGCGAACCGCAUGAUUGUGGAGCUCCCGAUGCUUUUCAAAACGGAAAUGUUCAAACACCAGAAGGAACCACGUUUGGGAAGACGGCAGUGAUUACAUGUAAACAUGGAUAUACAUAUGUUGGAUUGUCUGUUAUAGAUUGUCGCCCUACGGGGUGGCCUUUACGUGACAAUUCUUGUGUCAUCAUAGACUGCGGACAAUUACUAAACCCAAUAAAAGGUCAGGUAGACAUGACUAAUGGCACCGCAUAUCAAGCCUUUGCCAGGUACAUGUGCAACCAAGGAUACGAGUUGAUUGGAGAUGACGAGAGAAUGUGCCAGGCAACAGGGACUUGGACAGGCAUACACCCUACUUGUCUUAUGAAAGAGCAAAAGAAAGUUGUAUGUCCGAACAAUGUUGAUAGUCGCGGAACAGAAUGGAAGGAAGUUAUUGAAGGUGCAACUCGUUUACAACAAUGUGCCGAGGGAUUCGAAGGUAAUGUUACCAGAACUUGUUUAUCUGAUGGAACCUGGCAACGUUCACAGUACAACUGUGUCAGGAAGGAUGUCGCAACUGUUGCAAAAAUGGUCAAAGCAUUUGAAAUAAAUGUCACUGCUGACACUGUCAGCAAUGCUUUGGGACAGAUUGCUAAAGUCAGUAGUAAUGAAGAAGCAGACAAUACUUCAGAACCCCUAACUGAUGCUGAGAUAACAAUUUUGGCAAUAAGUUUGAAUGAAGUAGCUGACAUUGUUUCGAACAAUAGCUUACCGACUUCAGAAGUGGUUAAGGCAUUUUUCCAGUCUGUUAGUAAUCUUGUAGACGAACGAAAUAAAGAAUCCUGGGAGACCAUGAAGCAAAGUAAAAGUACUGGUGGUGAAAACAUGUUGGCGUCUGUUGAUAAAAUUGGAGUCGCCCUAAGAGAGAAAGUUCAGUCAGGCGAGGCAGGUGUAACAAACAUUACAAUUGUGCAACGAAACGUCGCACUUGAGGUAAAACAAGUACUUAUGCAAGAUAUAAUAUUUCCGUACGCAGACAUUAAGACAGACCAUCAAGAUGAGCAUAAUUGGGCGAAAACCUCUGCGAGUAGAAUUCGACUUGAUGCAAAGGCAAUGGGUGAUAACCAGGUUACUGUGACAGCUGUGAUUUUUAAAGAAAUGAGCCAUGUUUUGCCAAAUAUUUCCUAUACAAAUACAGGAUCGAAGACACACAAUCAGCAAAUAAACGGUCCCAUUCUUUCACUUUCUCUCUCCAAUUACUCCGGGAAACUGGAUCCGCUAGUGUUGCUUACAUUUGAACUAAAGAAGGCAAACCUCACAAGCCCUCUGUGCAGUUAUUGGAAGUAUGGAAGAAACAAUCAAACAGGCUAUUGGGCCAGUGACGGAUGCGUGUUGCACACGUCUGAUGAAAUCAGAACUGUUUGUCAGUGCGAUCACCUCACUAAUUUUGCAGUCCUUAUGAGUCCUUUCGUUGAGGCCGACGCAACGUCUGUACCAUUAAGAACGGUAUCGACUGUGGGGAUAGGGAUUUCAAUGGCAUGUCUACUGAUCACCAUGUUGACAUACAUAUAUCUAUGGAGGUUUCUGAAAAGUGACAGAACAAUUCUGCUUUUAAAUCUAUGUGGCGCUCUGUUGCUGUCCUACAUCAUAUUUGUAGCUGGUGUAGACAAAACUGCAAACAAGGCUCUUUGUGCAACAACCGCGGUAUUUCUCCACUACAUUUACUUAGUAGUGUUUUGUCUGAUGCUGGCGGAAGGUAUAGACAUAGCCAUCAUGGUGGUGUACGUGUUCAACACCAAAUCAAGAUUAAAGCCACUUCUUAUUUCAGCAUGGGUUGCUCCAGCAGUGAUAGUCGCUAUUAGUCUGCUGUCAACACAGGUCAAUGGCUAUGGAAGCGAACGAUUUUGUUGGCUGUCUUUGGAGCGUGGUCUGAUAUGGGCCUUUGUUGCUCCUGCUCUUCUGAUUAUACUGACGAACACUAUGUGUUUGGUUCUCGUAAUGAGGAACAUGUUUCAGAUGAAGGCCAUGGAAAGUAAGACAUCAACGGAAAAGAUAAAAACAAGCCUGCGUUCCCUGUGCGUUCUCGUGCCUCUGAUGGGCGUCUCCUGGAUACUCGGCAUCUUCUACGUCAACAAGUCUGCUGCAGUUAUGCAAUACCUAUUUGCCUUGUUCAACGGAUUGCAGGGCUUGUUUAUCUUCAUAUUCCAUUGCAUUUUCAACCAACAGGUCAGAACAGCAUUAAGAAACGAGUACAACAAACGAGAAAACUUGAAAUCGAUUGAAAGAUCAACAUCGCAAAAGACGAGCAAGUUCAAAAAGAGCUUCAAGAAUAGCUUACAAACGCAUUCUGAAAACGUAUCAUCUACCAGUCAGCAAGAGGUAUCUGAAGAAACUACGGUGGGGUCCCAAAUGCAUGUCUACUCUAAACUGCGUGAAAAAAUAUUUCCCACGAAGAAAAGCAAUCUCACUGACAAGAAAUGCGAAGAUCCGGUUCCCUUCUCACGUGAAUCCUCGUCAGGAUUUGCAAAUGUUGUCCUCCGGGCUGUACGGUUCACAGACAGGUACUCCCGCAUGGAAAGAAGCCAUUCGACUAAGAGUUCCAAUAAGACUGUCACAACAGUGUGAGACUCUCAACGAAUAUUGUGUUUCUAACUUGAAAUCCUAAUGGAUAAAUUACAUGACAAAAAAUUAAUACACAUACCAAUCAUAGCUAAAGUUUAAACAUCAAACGAAGUUAAUUUUAGAUAACUUUGAUCAUACCAGUAACUUAGCGGUUUAUUUAAAAAGCGAGUGAAAAACAAAGACACACUUUUUUAAAUAAACUAUUGUUAAUAGGUUUAUCCACUGUGUUGUCAUUUGCCAAUUUCUAACAGCCCCAGUCACGUGUACACACGAGCUAGCAUUACUCUAGUUCUAUUUACGUGUAUUUCUAUGUAGGAAAAUGUGACCGUUGACUUAUCAUUUUUAUUUCUAGUUCAUAAAUGGACACACUUUACUUUUCGGUUUCAUCUCUGGUCGAUUAUCAUUUAACGACGCUAUUGUCAUUAUCUUUACGAUUAAAUGUUCAUUUUAAACUGCUGACAUGACAGGUUUAAGCGUGUAUAUUCUUCGUUGCAUUUUAUUUUUAACAUGAUUCAUUAUAAAUCUUUAUUUCGUGUAACCGUUAAUAAAAGUUUAGUACGUAAACAAGAUAACCUUCACAGUGUCUCAUAAUGGCGCACUUACCGACUUCGCUACUUCUGUCUCUUUAGUAUGCAUGUACUGAGCGCAAUACGAUUGUGCGAUAGGCGAGAAUCUCUAAAUGUAUUAAAAUUAAAUUAAGGCUUUGAGUUAAAACUGUCAACUGAAACCCAAAAAACAAAAACAAUCAUAUUGUGCGUUCUAUAUGUUUUGAUUCGAUUGUGUGGCGAAAUUCGGUAAAGCCUUA